GGCGGGGCCCGAGCGCGUGAAUAGGAGACAACAUGUCGCUGUCCGGCCUUUUUCGCGCCGGGCAGUGGCGGAGUCGGGCCAUGAGCCAAUGUGUUUUGGAACCUCGGCCCCCGGGGAAGCGGUGGCUGGUGGCUGGCCUUGGGAACCCCGGACUGCCCGGCACGCGACACAGCGUGGGCAUGGCUGUGCUGGGACAGCUGGCGAAGCGGUUGGGAGUGGCAGAGAGCUGGGCGCGCGACCAGCGCUGUGUCGCUGACCUCGCCCUGGCCCCGCUCGGGGAUGCCCAGUUGGUCCUGCUCCGACCGCGUAGGCUCAUGAAUGCCAAUGGCCGUAGUGUGGCCCGAGCAGUGGAGCUGUUCGGACUGACAGCGGAGGAGGUCUACCUGGUGCAUGAUGAGUUGGACAAGCCCCUGGGGAAGCUGGCUUUGAAGCUAGGGGGCAGUGCCAGGGGCCACAAUGGAGUUCGUUCCUGCAUUAGCUGUCUCAACUCCAGUGCAAUGCCGAGGCUGCGUGUGGGCAUUGGCCGACCGACCCACCCUAGUGCAGUGCAAGCCUAUGUCCUGGGCCGCUUCUCUCCCGAGGAACAAGAACUGCUGCCCCCGUUGCUGGAUCAGGCCACAGACCUGCUCUUGGACCACAUCCGUGCUCGAAGCCAGAGACCCUCAUCAGUCCCCUGACACCAGUGGACAUGGCUACCUGUCUGACUGCAGUGCCCCCAAGCCCAGCCACAGCCACAGAGCUGCCACACCAUGACCUGUGGUAUCCACUGUUUAUGUAACUCUUCUCUGGAUUGGCUCAGUCCACCGGCAGAUUCAAGGGGGUACUGUGGCUGGAACCGUCCAUCUCUGGGAUAGGAUUUGGCCUUUUCUCCAUGAGCUACUUGGGAUGCUGGAAAGUUUUAGGAAGACUAAACUUUCUGAAUCUUUUGAGCGAGCCAGGGAGGGAGAUCUGCAAGAUUAAAGAUGUCAGCAUGAAA